AUGGCAUCAUCUUCUACUUCAAGCUCCAAGAAGGCAGCUUCCUCCUUGAAGAGUUUUAUCAAAGAUGUUAGAGGCGCAAAAACUUUAGCUGAUGAAAGAGCAAUUGUUACUAAACAAUCAGCUAAAGUGAGAACUAAAUUAAGAGACGAUCAUCUAUCUCAUUCCAAGAGAAGAACAAACAUUCAGAAGUUGUUAUAUCUCUACAUCCUUGGUGAACAGACCCAUUUUGGUCAAGUUGAAUGUAUCAACUUGAUUGCCUCAGACGAUUUUGUUGAUAAAAGAUUGGGUUAUUUAUCAACAAGUUUAUUAUUGGACGAAUCCGAGGACUUAUUGACAUUAUUAACAAAUAUACUAAGUAAUGAUUUGAAUCAUCCAUCAAAUAGAUAUAUCGUUUCAUUAGCUUUGAAUACUCUCGGAUCUUUAACUUCUAUUGAAUUGGCUAGAGAUUUAUUCCCGGAUGUGCAAAAAAUUAUCAAACAUUCCAAGUUUAAUAGAGAACCGCUAAUCAUGAAAAAAUGCCUACAAUGUCUAGCUAAAUUAAUAACUAAGGACUCUUCAUUAUUAGAGAUCUUAGAUUUAGAGGUCAUUGAGUACUGUCUUGACUCAAAUCUUUUCAGGAUGAAUCAUGGUGUUCUAUUAAGUAUUUCUAAAUUAUUUCAAGCAAUACUAUUGAGUUAUGAUUCAAUUUCCAGAAAUAAUGACCAAUAUGAGAUUGAAAAUUACAAUACUAAGGUUAUACCAUUCAUUUCUAAAUAUAUACCAACUCUUUUUGAAAAAUUAUUGGGUUUAAUGAACGAUAUUACACCAGAAUUUAACGUUCAAGGCACAGCUGACCCAUUCUUACAAUGUGACUUAAUUUAUACUUUGACGUUAUUUUUCAAUUUCCCUAAAGAAAUUGAUGACAUAUCAAAACAUGGUGAUAAGUUCAUUAACGUGCUCAUUCAAGUGGCCAAUAAUACUUCCUCUACUACUGGUCCAGGUAAAGUUGUUCUUUAUGAAACAACAAGAUCAAUUUUCUCCUUGAAAAAUUUCAAUGAAACUGAAAUGAAACCAUUGUAUACGUUAGGGAUCAAUACAUUAGCUACAUUUCUGAAAGCUAAAGAUAAUAAUACCAAAUAUGUCGCGUUGAACUCAUUAGUAAAGGUGAUACCUUAUGAUCCCGAAUCUGUUCAAAGACAUAAGAAAUUCAUUUUGAACUGUCUUAAUGAUCAUGAUAUUUCCAUUAAAAUGAGAGCCAUUGAAUUACUUUUCGCUAUAUUGAAUAACGGAAAUUUAAUUGAAUUAAUCAAUGAAAUCAUGAAUUUCUUGGAAAACCUAUAUGCAAAUCAAUUCAAAAAUUUUAAUGAUGAUUGGGAAAAGAUGAUUCAUUUAAUUAUCGACUCUUUGAUUGUUGCAUUUAAAAAAUUCUCAAUCGCUGAGGAAACGGGGAAUCCAAGUGAUGAUUCUAUUUGGAAGUUAAAAAUUUUAAUCAAAAUUCUAAAACUUGUAGGUAAUUUCAUUGAUAUGGAAACCAUUAACGAUAUUUUAAUCUCAUUCAACAAUACUGAAAAUAUAGAUCAUAAAUUUCAAUUAAUUUCAAGAAUGUUAUUGAUUUCAUUGAAACCAGAAACUUUGAUGGAUGAAAUUGCGGAGAAUAAUAUAGCAUGGAAUAUUGUCUCGAUUUGGUGUCUCGGUGAAUAUAGCGAUUCACUUUUACUAAAUAAAAAUGUGGCAAUCAAUCAUGAAGUAAUUAACGAAUUUACCAUAGCCUCAUAUUUACAAAAAAUGGAUGAGAGUUAUAGAAUUGAUAAAGAUGUUAGUGCGAAGACGUUAAUUCAUUAUUUAUUAACUUCGGCUCUGAAAUUAUCAGUUAAACUAAAUGAUAAGCGUUGUAUUGAAAACUUGAGACGACUAAUACUGAAUAGAACUAAAGAUUCUGACUUAAUGAUUCAAUUGAAAGCAGUUCAAUACGAUAUUCUUUUCAACCAACCAGCGAAUGUGAAAAAAGUAUUAUUAAGUGCAAUGCCUAUUUUUGAGAAUUCAAGCGCAUCUCCUUCAAUUGAUACGGCAGCCACUAUGGAGAUAAAAUCAGGUAAAACCAAGAAAAAUGAUCUUCUAUUGGACUUGUUGGAUUAUAGUACUGAUGAGCUACAAGAGCAAAAGAAAGAAAAACCUGCUAAUCUACUUCAAGAACUUCUCCAACCUAAUACUACUAAUAAUAAUAGCAGUUCUACAGAACAACAACAAAAACCAAUAAUAACGCUACCAGAUGAUGCGAAAGAGAUCCAUUCUAGUGAGAAUAUCGAAGUUUAUUCUAAACUAAUUUCUCAUGAAGAAGGGUUCUUCCAAAUGGAAUUAUAUUUCAAGCCCCUCAUAUCUAUAAAUAAUUUGAAGACAUUCUGUGCUGUAACUAAAACCCAAAAAUUAACAUUAGGUCAACUUUUCUGUUCAACAACAAAUAAUGAUACCUUUCCAAAACAUUCAAUAAUUAGACAAUCACUGAAAGUAACGGGGACUGGGAAAUUGAAAUUAAGACUCAAAUUGACAUUCGAAAGUAACGAUACAGGUUCAGAAUUAUCAGAACAAUUCGAUCAUAAAUUUGAUCAAACUUUAUAA